CGCCGCUGUCGCCGCCGCCGCCGCCCGGGCCUCGCUGCUCGGUGCCGCCGCUCCGGUGCCGCCGGAGCCUCUCCGCUGGCGGCGGGAUCUGGAUUCACUCAAGCUGAGGGGCGUGCGCAACAGGCGGGCGGCGGGCCGGAGCAGAGGGCACGGCGAGAGAACGCAGCCGGUGACCGAACCCCCGGGGGGCGGCGAGCGUGAGGCCGCCCGGGGCCGGGCAUGUGCGGCGGGGCGGCGGGCAGGGCGCCUGGGCAAGGGCGUUUGAAGGAAACGUGAAGCGCGGCGGCGGCGGCGGCGGCGGGAUGGACGCGGCACCGGGCCGGAGCCCCGAGCCCCGGGAGAAGCCGCCGGUGCUGGAUGGGGAGGCGGCGGGGCGCGGCGGAACGGGGACGGCAGCCGGUGCUCCGGGCGCGGCCUCACCGGCGGAGCAGAUCGUGGCGGAGGGCGAGGCGGCGGCGGCGGGCACGGGAACGGGCACGGGCACGGGAACAGGAACGGGAACGGGAACGGGCACGGGAACAGGAACGGGAACGGGCACGUUCGUGCAGCGGCAGCUCGGGGCCAUGCUGCAGCCCGCCGUGAACAAGUUCUCGCUGCGCAUGUUCGGCAGCCACCGGGCCGUGGAGAUCGAGCGGCAGCGGGUGAAGUCGGCCGGUGCUUGGAUCAUCCACCCCUACAGCGACUUCAGGUUUUACUGGGACCUCAUCAUGCUGCUGCUGAUGGUGGGCAAUCUGAUCAUCCUCCCCGUGGGCAUCACCUUCUUCAAGGACGAAAACACCCCUCCCUGGAUCGUUUUCAACGUCCUUUCGGACACUUUCUUCUUGGCCGACCUCGUCCUGAACUUCAGAACGGGCAUCGUGGUGGAGGACAACACGGAGAUCAUCCUGGAUCCCCACACCAUCAAAAUGAAAUACCUGAAGAGUUGGUUCUUGGUCGACUUCAUCUCCUCCAUCCCGGUCGAUUACAUUUUCCUCAUCGUCGAUCUGGAGACGCAGGUGGACUCUGAUGUCUACAAAACAGCCCGCGCUCUGCGCAUCGUCCGCUUCACCAAAAUCCUCAGCCUGCUGCGCCUGCUGCGCCUCUCCCGUCUCAUCCGCUACAUCCACCAAUGGGAGGAGAUCUUCCACAUGACGUACGACCUGGCCAGCGCCGUGGUGAGGAUCUUCAACCUCAUCGGCAUGAUGCUGCUGCUGUGCCACUGGGACGGCUGCCUGCAGUUCCUGGUGCCCAUGCUGCAGGAUUUCCCCGAGGACUGCUGGGUCUCCAUCAACCACAUGGUGAACGACUCCUGGGGGAAGCAAUACUCGCACGCUCUGUUCAAGGCCAUGAGCCACAUGCUGUGCAUCGGCUACGGCCAGCAGGCGCCCGAGGGGAUGACCGACGUCUGGCUGACAAUGCUGAGCAUGAUUGUGGGCGCCACCUGCUACGCCAUGUUCAUCGGCCACGCCACCGCCCUCAUCCAGUCGCUGGAUUCGUCCCGCCGUCAAUACCAGGAGAAGUACAAGCAGGUGGAGCAGUACAUGUCCUUCCACAAGCUGCCCGGGGACACCCGCCAACGCAUCCACGAGUAUUACGAGCAUCGCUACCAAGGCAAGAUGUUCGACGAGGAGAACAUCCUGGGGGAGCUCAGCGAGCCGCUCAAAGAGGAGAUCAUCAACUUCAACUGCCGCAACCUGGUGGCCAACAUGCCGCUGUUUGCCAACGCUGACCCCAACUUCGUCACCGCCAUGCUCACCAAGCUGCGCUUCGAGGUCUUCCAGCCUGGAGAUUUCAUCAUCCGUGAGGGAACCGUGGGCAAAAAGAUGUAUUUCAUCCAGCACGGGGUGGUCAGCAUCCUCACCAAGGGCAACAAGGAGACCAAGCUGUCCGACGGCUCCUACUUUGGGGAGAUCUGCCUGCUGACACGGGGCAGGCGGACGGCCAGCGUGCGAGCCGACACGUAUUGCCGCCUGUAUUCCUUGUCUGUGGACAACUUCAACGAGGUGCUGGAGGAAUACCCCAUGAUGCGCAGAGCCUUCGAGACCGUGGCCAUGGACCGCCUGGACCGCAUAGGCAAGAAAAACUCCAUCCUGCUCCGCAAGCGCGCCGAGCACAGCGCGGGGCCCAUCAACACCGAGAUGAUCCAGCAGAUCGUGAAACACGACCAGGACGUGGCUCACAACAUCCAGGAGCUGCAGCAGAUGACGUUGGGCCGGGAGCUGAGCGGCAAACCGGUGAUCUGGGAGCCUUUGGUUCACGCACCGCUGCAAACGGCCGCCGCCACCACCAACGUGGCCAUCGCCCUGACCCACCAACACAGCCUGCAGGCCCACAUCUUCCUGCCUCCUUCCUCCAUCUCCAGCCCCCUCUCUCCCGAGGCCACGCUGCUCACCAAACCGGUGCGUCGCUCCCAGCCCAGCCUGGGGGGCUCUCGGCCCUCCUCCGUCAGCUCCCCAUCCGGGGCUCCGUCCCACCUGCAGACGCCCGCCGCCGCCUCUCCGUCUUCGCCCAUGCUGCAGUCCCAGGCGCCCCUGGAAAGCGGCGUCCAGCGGCCGGGGGCUCAGGGGAGCCUCGGGGCUCAGGGCCCCCAACGCGUGGGGCAGAAGGGGGAGAUGGCGGCCAAGCAGCCCCCGGCGGCGGCGGCCCAACCGCAGCUCUCCAAGUCCCGCGGCGCUUCCGUCUCCACUUCUCUGCUGCAGCAGGCGGCGGGAGCCCCUUCCCCCAGCUCGGAGCCGCCGGCGGGGAGGACUCUCCAUUACAGCCUGUCCAGAGCCACGGGUUCCCACAUCUCGCUCCUGAUGCAGCCUCAGCAGUUGGUGAAGCACCGGAGCAUCCACGGGCUGCCCGUCGGGCGGCUCACGCAGGACGUCCGCCUCCUCUCUGCCUCGCAGCCCUCCCUGCCCAAUAAAGUCGCCCAGCAAGCAGACGGGAGCUCCUUGCAGCAGGGCAGGAAAUCCGCGGGGAACCUGGCCCGCAGGUCUUCCCCUUCGGUCUCCGGACUCCUCUCCAAGCCGGGUCCGGGGGUCCCGCACCCGCAGCAGAUGCCUUCGGGAUCCCCGGCGCAGCCGAACCGCCCCGCGGCCGCGGCUCCCGCCCCGCAAUCCCCGGUGUCGGCGCCCCGCCCGGCGGCGGCUCCCUCCCGUAAGGGCUCCGUGGCCUUCAGCCCUGAAGUGGAAACGGGGAAACCCAAACUGCCGUCCAACAUGUGAACCCCGUGGGUACGGAGCGACCGGCCGAGACCCGGCGGCGUCGGAGGGGCGGGGAGGUGAGCGGAGCUGCGGCAGCGCCGGGUUUUUGAGGAGGGGGCUCUCCUUUGGGACUCUGCUCCAUCGCCGCCCCUCGAGGCCCUCCUGCAGGCACAGCCCUCACCCCAAAUCCUUCGCGGGGUCCCAGCUGCCCGCAGGUCUCCCUCAGAGCCGGGACACUCCGUGCGUUCCCCCGCACCCGGGGUCGGGGUGAUGCCAGACCCACACAUCCCCUCCUCCAGCCCCAAGGAGCUGCCCGGCUGGUUGGGACGGGAGGGGCUGAGAUCAGAGGGGGUCGGGGAGCAGUGCCUGCGGCCAGGAGGGACCGGGACCCCCCCCCCCGAACACACCGGGACCGCGUGCCUGGAGCCGGCGGUCCCGGAGCAGCGAGGCGCCGAGCCGGGGAUGGGCGGCUGCUCCCGGUGCGGCUCCUCCGUUCCGUGGGGCCGGGGAUGCGGCGAGAGGCACCGAACCCCACAUCCGACCGCCUCCCCCCCCCCCCCCCCCCGAGCCGACAGCCAGCAACGUGUGAGUGUGAAUCGUGGCUCCGUCGAGCAGCUGAGCUCCGCUUCGUCGUCGCUUUGGGCUCCGCCGUGUUAGCAGUCCCGAUUAGAGCUGUGUUCCCAGA